ACUUUCUCUCCAUCCUCCCUCUCUCUGUAACAGUGAUCAUCAAAGCAGGAAUAAACCUCAUCCUGUUGUAAUUGUGGUUUAAUUUUUUAUUUGUUAUUCUUUAAAAUAAUCUGCUGGAAUGGAACUUCUUUGUGUAAAAGUGAAAAAAGGAAGGUUGAAUGGAGCUGCUGACACAUUUAACACCUAUGUUGUUUUAAAAGUCCAAAAUCUAAAAAGCACCACAAUAAACAGAAAAGGAAGCGAACCUUGCUGGGAACAAGACUUUAUGUUUGAAAUCAGUGAUGUUGAAAAGGGCUUCGUGGUGGAGCUGUGGAAGAAAGGCUUGAUAUGGGACAAACUUUUAGGUACUUUAUGGAUUCCCCUAACAACUGUGGAAUAUGCAACAGAUGAAGGUUCAGGUGCAUGGUGGAUACUACAUUCUGAAGUCAUAAAAAAUGGAAAUGAAAUCUGUGGCACAAAAACACCAACUCGACAUGAGAUUUUACUGGAUGUCUACUUUGCAAUACUGAAUGAUUCGGAUUGCAGAAGCUAUUACAGGAGGGCUUCUCUCCAAGGUGCAUGUCAUUCACAUCAGGACACAUGCAGCAGCCUGUCACCCAUGAAAAGUGCUCUCAGCGUGCAAGAAAAAGAACUAAGCAAUAAAGAUCAAGUUUACAUAAGUAGUUUGGCAAAAGCAAGAUGGACCAGAGCCAUUCAGAAGGAAAAUCUGAGCUUCAGAUCCGCAGCUGUUGUAACUGAAUGCAGCUCCAUUACACUAGCUGAAGAUCUGGCUCUGGAGAAGUUUUGUUCAGAUAUCUUUGAUUCACGGGAACACAUCUCACUGUCUUUUGAAAAGCUAGAUAAUCUAAUGACUUAUUUUGUUGGAUAAUUUUUUUUAGGAUUCUGAAGGUUAUCUUUUACCAUAAUGUCAAUUGUAGCUAGAGCAUUUUAGCUGCAA